CACACUUGCACGCACACACCACUGGGAGAUCAGCACUUCCAGCUGGCUCGCGGUUGCCCCAGCUCCACCGAAGGGUGGGGGAGGGAGAGGAGACCCAAGCCCUGCGCAGAGAGAAGCAGGAGUGUACAGGUGCGCCUCCUGGACCAUGAGGUCACCGCUCUGCUGGCUCCUCCCACUUCUCAUUUUGGCCUCGGUGGCCCAAAGCCAGUCGACAAGACGAGCAAGACCUGGCCCUGCACGUGGACGCAGGCCCCGGCCCCCGCCCACACCCAGCUUCCCUCAGCCACAUGAGCCAGCCGAGCCCACAGAUCUGCCUCCCCCACUCCCCCCAGGCCCUCCCUCUGUCUUCCCUGACUGUCCCCGGGAGUGUUACUGCCCCCCUGACUUCCCAUCUGCCCUCUACUGUGACAGCCGCAACCUGCGCAAGGUGCCCGUCAUCCCACCGCGCAUCCACUACCUCUACCUGCAGAACAACUUCAUCUCCGAGCUCCCCGUGGAGUCCUUCCGGAAUGCCACGGGCCUGAGGUGGGUCAACCUGGACAACAACCGCAUCCGCAAGGUGGAGCAGAGGGUGCUGCAGCAGCUGCCCAGCCUGGCCUUCCUGUACCUGGAGAAGAACCAGCUGGAGGAGGUGCCGGCGGCGCUGCCACAGAGCCUGGAGCAGCUGCGGCUGAGCCAGAACCAGAUCUCCAGGAUCCCGCCGGGCGUCUUCAGCAAGCUGGAGAACCUGCUGCUCUUGGACCUGCAGCACAACAGGCUGAGUGAUGGCGUCUUCAAGCCCGACACCUUCCAGGGCCUCAAGAACCUCAUGCAGCUCAACCUGGCCCACAACAUCCUGCGCAAGAUGCCCCCCAAGGUGCCCCCAGCCAUCCACCAGCUCUACCUGGACAGCAACAACAUCGAGGCCAUCCCCAAUGGCUACUUCAAGGGCUUCCCCAACCUGGCCUUCAUCCGGCUGAACUACAACAAGCUGUCGGACAGGGGCCUCCCCAAGAACUCCUUCAACAUUUCCAACCUGCUGGUGCUUCACCUGUCGCACAACAAGAUCAGCAACGUGCCCGCCAUCAACAACAGGCUGGAGCACUUGUAUCUCAACAACAAUAGCAUCGAGAAAAUCAACGGGACCCAGAUCUGCCCCAACAACCUGGUCACCUUCCACGACUUCUCCUCAGACCUGGAGAACGUGCCACACUUGCGCUACCUGCGGCUGGACGGGAACUACCUGAAGCCGCCCAUCCCGUUGGACCUCAUGAUGUGCUUCCGCCUCCUGCAGUCCGUGGUCAUCUAGGCCAUCUGGCCCCGCAGCCGGGGCUCCCCUGACCACACUCGAAGGCUGACCACCCAGGCGCCCGUGCCCCUAUCCCCGUGUGAUCUCUCUGUCCCCCUCUCUUGCCCCCAGCUUCGCCUCUUCUCCCACCUUUUGGAGGCAGAGAAAAGCUCUGCAGCAGGAUGCCCUUGGAGCCAUCUGGACACCAUGUCCAGCUCCUCCGACCCGUCUCCCUCCCUGACCCGGUCCCUCCUGGGUGGGGGCUCGCCGAGGGGCUCACAUCCCAUCUUGGGCCUGCAGGAGGAAACACAGCCAGCUCAGGGUGAGGGUCGGGGUCCGUGCAUCUCCUCAGCCAAGAAUUCUUCCUUUCAAAGUUGCUGCUCCAAAUCCUGGCACCAGACACUCCACCGGAAGGAAGAGGGAAGGAGGUGGGGCCUGCAUCUGGCACCCAUGGGCGUUGAAGCAGUUGGACGAAGGACACCAACCAGGGAAGCGAUGACUCAAGGAAGCAGGAAUUAGCUAUCAACAAGAAAGCAGCGGGGUCACACCCGAGGCAGGGCCACGUUGCGUGUAAAUGGCUCCUGCAGGCCCGUUGCCCUAUCCGACUGGAGGCCUGAGGCCCAGGGGAACACAGCAUGCACAGCAGAGGGCCAACAGGCAGCAUUACGCCCCCGCCGUCUGUUCCCCAUUAGGGCCCAGGCCGCAGCCACUUCCACCCCGGAAGACGAUUCAUGAGAAACAGGGGCGAAAAGGAGGGGCACCUGGAAAUCUCCCAGAAGCCUCCGCCUCCAAGGCAGACCCGCCAGCGACACCUGGUGGCUAGAGAGGGUCACAGCGGGCUCCUGUCUAUUCGCCUUGGUCCUGACAUUGAGCUCUGAAGACAGCUCCAUGGCUGAGGCACCUGCAGGGAGCCACGGAGGAAGAUACAGCUUGCUCCUGUUAACCUCACUGGGUCCCUCAGGCCCUCAGCUCCUCCCAUCCCCCCAUCGAGGUGGGGGUGGAGGAGAUGGAGGAGCCAUCCUUGGGAAUCAUUCCCUCCCGGACCCUGCUCCAUGUCCACAUCACACUUUAGUCAGGGCUGAAUGCAGGACAAGUACGGCUGUGGCCUUCCCUGCAAUCAUUGACUCUCUCUGUGGGCCAGCCAUUCUUCCCCCAAGUGAUCCCCCACCAUCUUGCUGGCCCAGCUGAGUGGCUU